AUGACUGUCUCAGCUGUGGAAACGUAUGAGGGCAAAACGGAUAUACUGUUCAACAUUGACAAAUCUGCUGCAGUGAUCAGUAACAACCCAGCCGAGAUUUAUGAAGAGUACCGCUAUCUUCGAAAGCAAUGCCCUCUUAUCCACACCAAUCAGUAUGGGGGAUACUGGCUUCUCACCCGUUAUGAGGACGUCAAACGAGCUGCCAUGGAUUCGGAUACUUACAUCUCAAGCGUAAAAGCGGUAGUGCCGAGUGAUCCCCGAGGUAUUCGUCGACCACCUCUGAACUUCGAUGCACCUGCACAUACUCCAUUCCGAACUGCAUUAGAACGCACGGUAAAGCCGGCUCGACUUGUACGUCUCCGUGAGCCCUUGGAGCGCCACGCAGAAGCAGAACUCGCUCCAUUGUUAGCCCGCGGCCGGGGCGAUAUCGGUGCAGAAUUUGCGGCCAACUUUGUUGCUCUGAUGGAGUCAGAGUGGCUCAAUCUUGAACCUGACGUGGCACCAAAGCUAGCUGUUGCGGCAACAAGCUGGCUCAACGCAUGGAGAAUGCAAGAUGGAGAUACUGUAACAGAGAACUCGAGAAAGAUGUACCAAAUCGCACAAGACCUCUUGGCAGACCGCCGUUCUCACCCAAGAGAACCGGAAGAAGAUCCAGCAUCCUCACUGCUCCUUGAGCGGGAUGCACAAGGCCAGCCUCUGAGUGAAGAACAUCUAAUCGGUUGCCUUCGACAGUCCUUGGUCGUUGGUGUUGUUGCACCCCCAAUCCUUAUUGGGUCAAUUUGUCACCAUCUUUCAAAAGACAAAGAGUUACAGCAAAAGUUGAGAGAGGAUGAAUCUCUAAUACCAGCCGCAAUGGAAGAAUUCCUCCGACUCUACGGGCCCUACCGAGGGUUUGCACGCACCACCUCCAAGGAUGUGCAUCUUCACGGAAAAACCAUUCAUCCAAAGGAACCGGUUACUUUAUGUUAUACUUCAGCGAACCGGGACCCUGAAGUUUUUGAAAGUCCAGAUGACUUUAUUUUACAUAGGGAAAAUGUCGCCGCACACAUGGCGUUUGGAAGGGGCCGGCAUCGAUGCGCCGGGAUGCCGCUCGCGAGAAUGGCUUUGAACAUUGUUAUCCGAGUCAUUUUGCGAAACACAAAAGACUUUGAUGUAGACGGCGAGCUGCAAUACUCUAGAAUGCCCGAGUUGGGAAUAAUCAGCUGCCCAGUCAAAUUUGUUCAAUGA